GGGCGGCGGGUCCGAGGCCGGCGUGUGCGGAGGCUGGGCGGGCAGCCCGAGCGGCGGCCGCAGCGCAGUGCCCCCACCCCCCAGCUCCCUCCCCAAGCCGUCCACUAAGCCCCCUUCCCUCCCGCCGGAGCUUGAGCCGAGCCGGCCCGGCCGGCUUUGCUGCGCCGAGCCGUCGGCGCCGCCGGGAAGAUGGCCGUGGCGCUGCGGUACUUGUGGCCUCUCCUCCUGUGCAGCCCCUGCCUGCUCAUCCAGAUCCCCGAGGAAUUGAUGGAGCCACCUGUCAUCACGGAAGAGUCUCCACGGCGCGUGGUCGUCUUCCCCACAGACGACAUCAGCCUCAAGUGCGAGGCCAGCGGCAAACCCGCGGUGCAGUUCCGCUGGACUCGGGAUGGCGUCCACUUCAAACCCAAGGAGGAACCAGGUGUGACCGUGAACCAGGCGCCCCACUCCGGCUCCUUCACCAUGGAGGGCAACAACAGCAACUUUGCGCAGAGUUUUCAGGGCACCUAUCGCUGCUUUGCCAGCAAUAAGCUGGGCACCGCCAUGUCCCACGAGAUCCAGCUCAUGGCCGAGGGUACCCCCAAGUGGCCAAAGGAGACAGUGAAACCUGUCGAGGUAGAGGAAGGGGAGUCGGUGAUUCUGCCUUGCCACCCUCCGCCCAGCGCAGAGCCGCUCCGCAUCUACUGGAUGAACAGCAAAAUCCUACACAUCAAACAGGACGAGCGGGUGACCAUGGGCCAGAAUGGCAACCUCUACUUUGCCAAUGUGCUCACCUCGGACAACCACUCAGACUACAUCUGCCACGCCCACUUCCCUGGCACGCGGACCAUCAUUCAGAAGGAGCCCAUUGACCUCCGGGUCAAGGCCACCAACAGCAUGAUGGACAGGAGGCCGCGCCUGCUCUUCCCCACCAACUCCAGCAGCCACCUGGUGGCCUUGCAGGGGCAGCCGCUGGUCCUGGAGUGCAUAGCCGAGGGCUUCCCCACACCCACCAUCAAGUGGCUGCGCCUGAGCGGCCCCAUGCCCGCCGACCGAGUCACCUACCAGAACCACAACAAGACCCUGCAGCUGCUGAACGUGGUCGAGGAGGACGACGGCGAGUACCACUGCCUGGCUGAGAACCCGCUGGGCAGCGACCGGCACGUCUACUACGUCACCGUGGAGGCGGCCCCGUACUGGCUGCACAAGCCCCAGAGCCAUCUGUACGGGCCGGGAGAGACGGCCCGCCUGGACUGCCAAGUGCAGGGCAGGCCCCAACCCGAGGUCACCUGGAGAAUCAACGGCAUCCCCGUGGAGGAGCUGGCCAAGGACCAGAAGUACCGGAUCCACCAUGGAGCCCUGAUCCUGAGCAACGUGCAGCCCAGUGACACGAUGGUGACCCAGUGCGAGGCCCGCAACCGGCACGGGCUCCUGCUGGCCAAUGCCUACAUCUAUGUUGUCGAGCUGCCAGCCAAGAUCCUCACCCCAGACAACGAGACGUACAUGGCCGUCCAGGGCAGCACCGCCUACCUGCUGUGCAAGGCCUUCGGCGCCCCUGUGCCCAGCGUCCAGUGGCUGGACAAGGAGGGCAAGACGGUGCUGCAGGACGAGCGCUUCUUCCCCUACACCAACGGGACCCUGGGCAUCCGAGACCUCCAGGCCAACGACACGGGGCACUACUUCUGCCAGGCCGCCAAUGACCAAAACAACGUGACCAUUGUGGCUAAUCUGCAGGUCAAAGAUGCCACUCAGAUCUUGCAGGGGCCCCGCAGUGCGAUCGAGAAGAAAGGCUCGCGGGUGGCGUUCACGUGCCAGGCCUCCUUUGACUCCUCCCUGCAGCACAGCAUCACCUGGCGCGGGGACGGCCGAGACCUCCGGGAGCUUGGCGACAGUGACAAGUACUUUAUAGAGGAGGGCCGCCUGGUCAUCCACAGCCUGGACUACAGCGACCAGGGCAACUACAGCUGUGUGGCCAGCACCAAGCUGGACGUGGUGGAGAGCAGGGCAGAGCUCCUGGUGGUGGGGAGCCCCGGACCUGUGCCUCAGCUGGAGGUGUCCGAUCAGCAUCUGCUUCGGCAGAGCCAGGUGCGCCUGUCCUGGAGCCCGGCUGACGACCACAACGCCCCCAUCGAGAAGUAUGACAUUGAAUUUGAGGACAAGGAGAUGGCGCCCGAGAAGUGGUACAGUCUGGGCAAGGUGCCCGGGAACCAGACCUCUGCCACCCUCAAGCUGUCGCCUUAUGUCCACUACACCUUCAGAGUUACCGCCAUCAACAAAUACGGCCCUGGGGAGCCCAGCCCGGCCUCUGAGACGGUGGUCACGCCGGAGGCAGCCCCGGAGAAGAACCCUGUGGACGUGAAGGGGGAAGGAAAUGAGACCAACAACAUGGUCGUCACGUGGAAGCCGCUCAGGUGGAUGGACUGGAAUGCGCCCCAGGUUCAGUAUCGGGUGCAGUGGCGCCCUCAGGGGAUGCAGGGGGCCUGGCAGGAGCAGAUCGUCAGCGACCCCUUCUUGGUGGUGUCCAACACGUCCACCUUUGUGCCCUACGAGAUCAAGGUCCAGGCCGUCAACAGCCAGGGCAAGGGCCCGGAGCCCCAGAUCACCAUCGGCUACUCUGGGGAGGACUACCCCCAGGCAAGCCCGGAGCUAGAAGAGAUUCAGAUCCUCAAUUCAAGCACCGUGCUGGUCCGGUGGAGGCACCUGGACCCCGGCCAGGUCAAGGGCCACCUCCGCGGAUACAAUGUGACAUACUGGUGGGAGGGCAGUCAGAGGAAGCCCAGCAAGAGGCACGUCCAUAAAGGCCACGUGGUUGUACCUGCCAACGCCACCAGCGCCAUCCUGGGAGGCCUGCGGCCCUACAGCACCUACCAUCUAGAGGUGCAGGCCUUCAACGGCCGGGGCCCGGGGCCCGCCAGCAGCAGGAGCUUCAGCACCCCCGAGGGAGUGCCCGGACACCCCGAGGCGUUGCACCUGGAGUGCCAGUCGGACACCAGCCUGCUGCUGCACUGGCAGCCCCCGCUCAGCCACAACGGCGUGCUCACCGGCUACGUGCUCUCCUACCACCCUCUGGACGAUGAGGGCAAGGAGCAGCUGUCCUUUGACCUUCCGGACCCUGAGCUGCGGACGCACAACCUGACCAACCUCAGCCCCCACCUGCGCUACCGCUUCCAGCUGCAGGCCACCACCAAGGAGGGCCCCGGCGAGGCCAUCGUGCGGGAAGGAAGCACCAUGGCCUUUUCUGGGACCCCGGAUUUUGGCAACAUCUCGGCCAUGGCUGGCGAGAAUUACAGCGUGGUGUCCUGGGUCCCUAAGGAGGGCCAGUGCAACUUCAGGUUCCAGAUCUGGUUCAAAGCCCUGGGGGACGGGAAGCUGGGCCCGCCCCUCCUGCCACAGUCCAUCAGCUACAACCAGAGCUCCUACACGCAGUGGGACCUGCAGCCUGACACCAACUACGAGAUCCACUUGUUCAAGGAGAGUGUGCUCAUGCACCGGAUGGCCGUCAAGACCAACGGCACCGGCCGCGUGGGCCUCCCUCCCGCCGGCUUUGAACCUGAGGGCUGGUUCAUCGGCUUCGUCAGCGCCAUCAUCCUCCUGCUUCUGGUCUUACUCAUCCUCUGCUUUAUCAAGCGCAGCAAGGGGGGCAAGUACUCAGUGAAGGAUAAGGAGGACACCCAGGUGGACUCAGAGGCCCGGCCCAUGAAGGACGAGACCUUCGGCGAGUACAGUGACAACGAGGAGAAGGCCUUUGGCAGCAGCCAGCCGUCCCUCAAUGGCGACCUCAAGCCCCUGGGCAGUGACGACAGCCUGGCCGACUACGGAGGCAGUGUGGACGUGCAGUUCAACGAGGACGGCUCCUUCAUUGGCCAGUACAGCGGCAAGAAGGAGAAGGAGGCGGCGGGGGGCAACGACAGCUCGGGGGCCGCCUCCCCCAUCAACCCCGCAGGGACCUUGGAGUAGCAGGGUCCCCGCCAGGCAAGGCCAGGCAGAGCACACCCCAGGGCCGGGCCGCGGGGAGUCAGAGGCCAGGACCCCCCCCUGCCCGCGGCCUGCGCCCGGUCCCCACUUGAUUGCCAAAACCCGGCCGCACUGCUUCUUGGGCACAUUCUGCUCGGCUCCAGCUCCGGGCCGGUCGCCGUCACAUCGGGAGCCUUUGGGUGCUGCCUCGCCAGCCUUUGGGCACAGAGAGGCUGCGGCUGGGGGAGAGGAGGCGGGGAUGGCCCAGGAGGGGUCUCCUCAGGACCAGGGCUGCCACCUCCACCCCCAGCCAUCCCUUGGCCAGCCUGGCUGGGACAGGGGACGGAAAACUCGGUGUCCCCACCAUCUGCUCCCUCUUCUUGGGCAUCUCUGCUCCGACUGGGAUGGGAGCUGGGCAGGCUGGAGAGUCCAGAGUCCCCACCUGCCUGUGUCGCACUCGGCCGGCGCCCCUCCCCCGCGGCCCCUGCCCUGCGGCUGGCUUUCAGGAGUUCCAUACACACGCUGCCUUUGGUACCCACCAGACAACAUCCAAGUAGCCUCCGUCACUGCCCAGGUGCGGGGCAGGCGCGCCUCCCCCCGGCCCCGGCCUCUCCCCGCCUCCACUGCACCCCAAGACCCCUUAGCGGCCCCAUCGGACCCCAGUCUGAACAGUUCCCUUCCUCAGCCUCCCCCAGCCCCACCUUGGGAAUGUAAAUACACCGUGACUUUGAAAGUUUGUACCCCGCCCUUCCCCAUAUGCCACUAGCGUGUAGCCAGAUGUCUGAGUCUCUCUAGGUGGUUUCUAGGUUUUAUAGCAAUUAGCUUUGAUGAUCCCAUCCCAGGAAAAAUAAAAACAGACAAAAAAACUUCAAAAAAAGGAAA